CAUUUUGGGAGGAACAUGAGGUGGAGAAGGAUCAGCUUGUUCAAGGUCACAGAGUUGGUUAGUGGCAGAAGCAGAACUGGAAGCCACUCUUUCUCCAUCUAGCCUAGAGCAUUUUGGCUUUAUGGCCCUCCUCCAGGAAUGCUCUGACUCCACUCCUUUCUUUCCAGGCUUACCUCAAAACUAUGGCUCUCCUAGUGAUUUAAACAGAUUGGCAGAUACAGGUGGCUAAGACCGAGUUUUCAGUCAAACAAAAGUUGGAUACGUUGCCUGUGCUUGGGUACAAGCCAUUCAAGUACAAUGUACCAAUUUUUGGUUCUAUACCAGGAUUAAACCUACAAUAUUUCACAAUUUGUAUAUGAAUGCUGAUGAAGUGUUUUUAGGUGAUAACUGCCCUGUAACGCAUGUUUUGCCGGAUGUUUUUUAUGAGUUUUUCUAUCAUCCUCAUGACUGUGGCAUCGUAACUAAAACUCUUCAGGAAAUUCUACUACUUAAAACUAAAAUCAAGUAUAUCUCAAGAAAUUCUACCAUCCAGUCUGAAAUGCCUCUGUCAUGUAUUGUCCGUGAUCGGCAUCCUCUUUUAAAUCAAGUUGAAAGGAGAGAUGAUGAAAGCAGUGAUACUACUGAAUGGGAAAUAAAAGUGAACAUACACAUCACAGAUGAAGCCAUGGGAAUUUCUUCUACAAUAUGGCCAUGUGAGAAUAUGAAUGUGACAUUCGCUUAUUUAUCAAACGAUGUACCAUUAUUGCAAGAGAAGAAACCAUUCGCCUUAUAUUGAGAGGCAAUUUGGAAUGUCUGUAGUGACUGCUUAGAACUGAGGACUUACUGUGCUGAUAGAAAGAUGAGUGAUAUGGAAUGGGAUAAAAUAUUAACUCUCUUCUAGUUAAGACCACUAAUUGCAUUUUUAAAUUGGCAUUUAUCUUCCUAUGUCCCCUUUUAAAAAGAAAGACUGCCUGUGCUUUUACCUGUAUGGAAUCUUAUGAAUAAAGUUUGUUCUAUCA